AUGGGGCAUCAGGGUUAUACUAAAACAAAAUUAUUGGCACAAGAGAACGUUUGGUGGCCGAAUAUUAACGAAGAUAUCGAAUUACACGGUAAGAAUUGUGAAUUAUGUCAAACAAAUAAUCCUGGCAAUAAAACGAUCAUAGGGAAAUGGCCCUCAGCAAAUAAACCAUGGGGAAGAAUUCAUUUAGAUUUUUCCGGACCAAUUAACGGAAAUAUAUACCUAGUAAUAAUAGAUAGUUUUAGUAAAUGGCCUGAAAUACAAAAAAUGACGACGAAUAAUUUUACUGAAGUAAGAAAAUUGUUGUUAAGACUUUUUGCUAUUUUCGGUUACCCCAAUACGAUUGUUACGGAUAAUGGCCCCCCAUUUCAAAAUUUUUUGUUUAAUUAUCGAAAUACGCCACAAAUAACCACAAAACAAUCACCAAGUUCAAUUAGGCUUAAAUUUCAACCCAUAGGACCUUUACAAUUAAUAAAACCAGUUUAUCCUCAUCCAUAUAUACCUCAGUUACCAGGUUUUUUUAAUAUAAAUGAAAAAAUAUAUGCAAAGGAUUUUAAAAAAGAUAAUUGGAUACCAGGUAUCAUCGUUAAAAGAACAGGACCAAUGACGUUUUUAGUUGAAACUAAAUUAGGGGUAUGGAGAAGACAUAUUAAUCAGUUAAAACAUAGGUUCAACAACUCAGAAUUAAAAAAUAGAGAGGAGGGAAGAAAAGAAGAAACGAUGCAAACUACACCACAAAUGAAUGAAAAUGAGCCCAUACAAAACUCAAUGACUAAAGACAUUGAUCCUUUACACGAAUUGGUGACCAAAGACAUUGAAUAA